AUUUACUUGUAGACUGCAGGAAGCACCUUUGAAAAAGAAGCAUUUCUAAGAAAGAGAAAAUAGAAAAAGUAAAAAACAAAGAGACAUAUUUUCAGUGGUAGGACUGACCUUGAUUCAAAGAUUAAAAAUACAGUUAAAGCGACAUGGCAGUGGUAUGUGAAGAGGAAAUGAUUUUGAUUGAACAUAUCCAUGAAGACAAUGAAGGGAUUGACAUGCCUAAAACAGGUGAACAAGACAAUGGAGCUUAUGGAUUAGAGGUGUGUGUUGUUGAUGCGAUGAAUGCUAACCAUAAUGAUGUGGAUGAUGAUGAAGCUCUGGCUUUGGCUGGCGAUAUCAUGGACAUUGAACUAGGAGAAGGAAAGGAGUAUCAUCUGUUCUUCUGUCACUCCUCUCAUGACCUAGCCUGGGUCUGGGAUGUCGUAAAGAUUCUCGAGGCUGCACCCUAUAACCUUAAAUGUGCAUUCAGCGAGCGUGAUUUCUUGCCAGGUCAGAAUGACAUGAAUGAGAUGUUUCGGUGUAUCACAGGUAGCAUGAGAACUGUUUUUGUGUUGACGCCUGCAUUCACUGAUAGUCGUUGGUGUGAGUGGGAAAUGCAGAUGGCGCAAACUGCAUCAGUUGCUAAUAACAUCAGCUUGCUACCGAUUAUGCUACAGGAAUGCCCCGUACCAGACACCAUAAAGCACAUCAACUACAUUGACGUAACACAUAAAGAUUUUCAACAAGCUGCAUUAAAGCUACAGAAGAAUGUUGAGAAACCUGGCCAAGGCUUCAUCCCAAUGAACAUUGUUUUGCGUAUCAAUGGAUCCUCCUUCCCCGUUAGGGAGAAAAUUAUUCAGGAAAGAUGCUGUAAAAAAAAGCUACAGUUUGAACUUCCACCCAAUGGCACAGAUGCUUUGGAACAAAAGGGAAUCACAGCACCCAAGGAGGAAAUCGAAAAAAUCUUAGAAAAACUGACUCUUGAAGAAGCAAGCAUCAAACUUUCAAGGUCCACCCUUAAAUGGAAAAUAUGUCAUAUAUUAUCAACUUUCAUUUUGAUAAUAUGGUUUCUUUUCUCUAUGAUGAUUGCCAUACCCAGCAUCAUUGCACUUUCUGCCAAUCAGGAUCCUAAUCCUAAUAUGACACUGUGCAGCAAAAGCAAUCAUAGAACUUACACAAGAAAGGAAUGCAAUAUCAAUUAUAUAGCGACAGUGGUUCUGAUAAUUCUGUUAGGAUGCAUGCCAUUAAUAUUACAAAUUCUACUGUUUAUUUUAAGAAUAAAGAAAAUUAAGAAAGUUACCAAGUUGAUAAUGGAUCUUUCCUUAAAUACAAUGACCGAUCACAAAAUGUAUAUUUGGUGUGCAAAGACUGACCAGUAUUUGCGAAUUGUCAAAUAUGACAUCAACUCUUGCUGGCACCACAUGAUCCAGCAACUGGAUCCCAACAUUGAACUGUUUGACAUUGAGGCUUGGAAGCUAAAGAUUACAGAAAAACAUUUUCCUAUCUACAUAGAGCAUCUUAUGCAAGGAACUUUGGAACAGGCUCACAUAGUGCUACAUCCUACGAUUAACAAUCAGGUAUGUUUUUGUCAAUAUAUUCAGGCAAAAACUAAGUAGAGAAGCUACAUGUAUAUUGGUAUGACUAUCAGUAUAUUUAAGCAAAAGCUGAAAAGCUAUAAGGUGUAAAGUUGAUGUAUUUUGGCAUGAUAUUAUCAGUAUAUUUUGAUAUGAUUGUUAAUCUAUUCAAGCCAACCUGAGUAGCUACAAAUUGGUUAUUAGCACAAGCACUGACAUGAACUACAUCUUUCAAGAAAUCAGAAAUUGUUCUUAAGAAUAUUACCAAGCUGAAUUAUUUUUUAGGAACAAUUUUAUACGAGUGGUAUAGAUUUCUAGCCCUCUCUAUUUUUUAAUCAACCUUUAUACAUGUACUGUAACUGUACUACCAAUACUGGGGUGGGAUAGUGUGGCAGGUGCACAAGACAAAAGCUUGGUUCAUAAAUACAGUUGCUUUGAUGUCAAUGAAUUGAAUUGAAACAUACCUAGUAAUAUCAAAGUCUAGAAUCUCUCCUUGAUGACCAUACCACUGUGCCAUUCUCUGCCCAUUUCUGCCAUCCCACAUGUGAACGAUGCCAUCAAGUGUACAUGUGUAGAUAAAUGGUGUGCUCUCAUCCCAACGUAAUCUCACUAUUCCAUUCUAAAAACAAACAAGUCAGGCAUUUAGAAUAUUUUUUUAACUUUUGUUUGUUGAACUCUGAUAUAUCUGAACAACAUUUGUAAUAAGGUAAAAAAGUAUUGAAAAUCAAUCUUUAUUUUACAUAAAACAAUCUUCAUUUUAACUCUAUACUGGUACAUGUAUUUUGAUGAAAGGUUGUAAAGUAAACUUCAUUCUGUAUAAAGACCACAAUUUUUGUGUAUUAUGUAUGCUUCAUGUUAAAGAUAUAGCCUACAUUGUGUAUUACUCAAGCUUACAAAGCUGUUACAUAUAUUUGUUAAAUUUACUUAUACACUGUAGCCUACAUUGUAUAUUAUACUCAUAUUUACAAUGUAGCCUAUACUAUUUGUGUGUAAUUAAACAAUAAACUUCAUAUUUACACUGUAGCCUAGAUUGUGUACUAUACUCAUGUUUACAUUAUAGCCAAUUGGUGUAUUAAACUUAUUUCAUCCAGUAGCCAACUGGUGUAAUAAACUUACUUUUCAUGUUUACACUGUAGCCUAGAUUGUGUCUUACACUCAUAUUUACAUUGUAGCCAAUUGGUGUAUUAAACUUAUUUCAUCCAGUAGCCAACUGGUGUAAUAAACUUACUUUUCAUGUUUACACUGUAGCCUAGAUUGUGUCUUACACUCAUAUUUACAUUGUAGCCAAUUGGUGUAUUAAACUUAUUUUAUGUUUACACUGUAGCCAAUUGGUGUUUUAAACCCACUUCAUGUUUACACUGUAGCCUACAGUGUUGUGUAUUAUACUUAUAUUUACAUUGUAG